AUGCCUGGUCCUCGUGUUAUUGUUGUUGGUGGUGGCUUGUCGGGUCUCAGUGCCGCCCAUACCGUCUACCUGAACGGAGGCAGUGUCCUCGUCCUAGACAAGAACAACUUCUUCGGUGGCAACUCGACCAAGGCCACAUCUGGCAUCAACGGUGCCUUGACCCGAACCCAAGUCGACCUCGGCAUUGGUGAUAGUGUCAAGGCAUUCUACGAGGACACUCUCAAGUCCGCCCGUGACAAGGCGAGACCCGAUCUCAUCCGAGUCCUCACAUACCAAUCUGCGGCCGCCGUCGAAUGGCUACAGGAUGUCUUCAACCUUGACCUGACCCUGGUCUCGCGUCUUGGUGGACACUCUUUCCCCCGGACCCACAGAGGACACGAUGCUAAAUUCCCGGGCAUGGCCAUCACAUACGCGCUAAUGCAGAGAUUGGAGGAACUCUGCGAAUCCGACCCCGACAGAGUCGAGGUUAUCAAGAAGGCAAAGGUCACAUCCUUGAAUCACGACGGCAAUCUCGUCACUGGUGUCACGUACGAAUAUGACGGCGAGAAGCACUCGGUUGACGGCGUGGUGGUUCUCGCGACCGGUGGUUAUGCUGCGGACUUUGGACCGGACUCGCUCCUCAAGAAACACAGGCCAGAUACCUUCGACCUUUCAUCGACCAACGGCACUCAUGCCACAGGUGAUGGCCACAAGAUGUUGAUGGCAAUUGGUGCCAAUGACAUCGAUAUGGACAAGGUCCAAGUCCAUCCCACUGGUCUGGUUGAUCCCAAGGAUCCCCAUUCCAAAUGGAAGUUCCUGGCUGCCGAGGCCCUCCGUGGCGAAGGUGGCAUCCUUCUAAACAGCGAUGGUCAACGGUUCUGCGACGAUCUAGGCCACCGUGACUACGUAUCAGGGAAGAUGUGGGAAGAAAAGAAGAAAGGGAAGUGGCCCAUUCGACUCGUCCUGAACUCAAAGGCGUCCAACGUCCUGGACUUCCACACCCGACACUAUUCGGGCCGUGGUUUGAUGAAGAAAAUGACGGGCCAAGAGUUGGCGAAAGAGAUCGGCUGCGGUGAAGAGGCCCUGGACAAACAGUUCAAGGAAUACAACGCCAUUGCUGAGGGUAAGAAGAAGGACGCCUGGGGCAAGAAGUAUUUCCACAACCUGCCCCUGGAUAUCAAUGACACUUUCCAUGUAGCCGUCAUGGAACCGGUCCUGCACUUCACCAUGGGUGGGAUGGAGAUCAACGACAAGGCUCAAGUACUCAACAAAGAACAAAAGCCAUUCGAGGCCCUCUUUGCUUGUGGUGAACUUGCUGGUGGCGUUCACGGCGCGAACCGAUUGGGCGGUUCGUCCCUUCUCGGCUGCGUGGUCUAUGGUCGAGUUGCUGGUGCAUCGGCAUCUCAAUAUCUGUUCAACAAGCUCACCGCGGGAGGUGGCGUAGGGGCCGCCCAACGUCUGGGCCAGAUCUCUCUCCACAUCGAUCCGAACACCCCGGGCAAGGUCUCGGUGGAAUGGGGCAGUGGCGGGUCAGGAGCAUCGGCAGGUACUGACAUCACCUCGAAGCAGGCUCAAAAGAGCGCUGCUCCGGUGAUGGAUGGCAACAAGAGCCAAGAUGCUGGCAAGAAGAAGGAUCACAAUGAUCUGAGCUCGUUCAAGGUUCCGGAGAAAGAAUUCUCGCUGGAAGAGGUCGCGAAACACAACAAGAAGGACGAUCUGUGGAUUGCAGUCAAGGGUGUGGUCAUGGAUGUCACCAACUGGCUCGAUGAGCACCCAGGUGGCCCGCAGGCCCUGUUCAGUCAUAUGGGCAAGGACGCAAGCGAAGAAUUCGAGAUGCUUCAUGACGAUGAAGUCAUUCCCAAAUAUGCCGCCGACAUCGUGAUCGGCCGGGUCAAGGGCCAGAAGGUGCGACUAGAAUACUAG